AAGGUGGCAAUGUCCCCACGCGCUUGGUCGUGUCUACAGACACUCUCUCUGGACAAUAAUUCUUCUGCGUUUUCUCUUCUCUCCAUUUCUUCCCUCAGGACAUCGAACACCUUGGUUUCUUCCAUCUUCUUUCUUAUCUCCUGCUUCUUUCUAUCUCUCUCUUCCAUCUCUUGCUUUCUAUCAAACCAGACUUUAUAUAGGAAUACCCACAAGUCAUUUGCUUGUUUUUCUCUUGCUUAUCUUCUGAUUGGAAGCUCAAGUUUAUGCCUUUACGGUUACUUGUUAAUCGUUAGAGAAACGUACGGAGUAUUGGAAGAAAGGUAAAACAUUACGUUUUUGUGGGUUGAAGUGGUUAUCUUUGGUGCUCCCUAUGGGAAACUGUUUAGAUUCUUCUGCAGCUAAAGUUGAUGUUACGCAAGGUUCACAUACUCCUUCUGAAGUCAAAGAGCUGCUGGUUGUGCGUUUGGGUUAUUAUGUGAAGGUUGAAAUUCUUAUUCAGAUGGCUGCAUCUGCCCUUAGAUUAAUGGAUUCUUCAAGUUCGCGUUCGGUAUAAAUUGGAGCCUCAAGAGUUUCCAGCAAAACCAGCCGUUCUUCAGUUCCUUCUACUCUGACCAUCCCAUCUUACAGUGGAACGAGCAAUUUUGAAUGUCUUCCUACUCCAAGGACUGAAGGUGAAAUAUUGUCAUCCCCAAAUUUAAAGGCCUUCACAUUCAAUGAACUAAAGAAUGCCACCAGAAACUUUCGUCCCGACAGUCUUCUAGGUGAAGGUGGUUUUGGUUAUGUUUUUAAAGGAUGGAUUGAUGAAAACACAAUGACUGCUGCAAGGCCUGGAUCUGGAAUGGUUAUAGCUGUCAAGAAGCUUAAACCUGAAGGUUUCCAGGGCCACAAGGAGUGGUUGACAGAAGUUAAUUAUCUUGGCCAACUUCAUCAUCCAAAUCUGGUCAAGCUGAUUGGUUACUGCUUGGAGGGUGAGAACCGGCUUUUGGCAUAUGAGUUUAUGCCGAAAGGGAGUUUAGAGAAUCAUCUAUUCAGAAGAGGGCCUCAGCCGCUAUCAUGGGCAGUGCGAAUAAAAGUGGCCAUAGGUGCUGCCAGAGGGCUAUCUUUCCUUCAUGAUGCAAAAUCCCAAGUCAUAUACCGUGAUUUUAAGGCUUCUAAUAUUCUACUGGAUGCGGAUUUCAAUGCAAAACUCUCUGAUUUUGGUUUGGCCAAGGCAGGCCCUACUGGAGAUAGAACUCAUGUGUCCACUCAAGUCAUGGGUACUCAUGGCUAUGCCGCACCGGAAUAUGUUGCUACAGGUAGGUUGACAGCCAAAAGUGAUGUAUACAGCUUUGGGGUUGUGUUACUUGAACUCCUGUCUGGAAGGCGUGCUGUUGAUAAAACAAAGGUUGGUGCGGAGCAGAAUCUGGUAGAAUGGGCAAAACCCUAUCUUGGUGACAAGAGAAGAUUAUUCCGGAUAAUGGACACCAAGUUGGGGGCACAGUAUCCUCAGAAAGGAGCCUAUAUGGCUGCUAACCUUGCCUUACAGUGUCUAAGCUCUGAAGCCAAAGCCAGGCCUCGAAUGUCUGAGGUGUUAGCGACAUUGGAGCAAAUAGAGUCCCCAAAAACUACAAAAUAUUCCCAGUCAGAGCUUCAAACUGUUCGGAAAUCCCCAAUGAGACAUCAUCAUUCUCCUCUUAAUCUAACACCAAGCGCAUCCCCAUUGCCAUCCCACCGGCCAUCUCCACGACUACGUUGAUUAGAUCGUGUCUGUAAAUUUUACAUUCACUUGCAUAUGUUCUUGUAUAAGAUCUAAUUUGGGCGUGUAUCUCGCAGCAAUUUUGAUUCCUACUAAAACAGAUUAUCACCAUUGUCACCACCCGUACUCUGGAAGAUCUGUAGCUUUGUUUUCGGGGUAAUCUGCAUUUCAGUCAUGUAAUUGUAUCUGGUGUCAAUAGCCUUUUUGCUUGAUA